CCUCUUUAUUCUAUUUCUUUGGGAACAAGUAGAGAGAAAGCUGUGAAAGGAAAGUGAAACCCUUAAUUCUCCAUCUCUCUCUCUCUCUGAGUCUCUGUGAAAAAGAUAGAAAAAAUAGUUCCAAUGGCAACAGCGAUGGCUGAAGAUUCGAGCUUCGAGGACGAUCAGCUCGCCGCCAUGUCCACUGACGACGUCGUUCGUGCCUCUCGUCUCCUCGACACCGAGAUCCGCAUCCUCAAGGAUGAGUUGCAAAGAACGAAUUUGGAUUUGGAUUCGUACAAGGAGAAGAUAAAGGAGAAUCAGGAGAAGAUAAAGCUUAAUAAGCAGUUGCCUUACUUGGUUGGCAACAUUGUUGAGAUCUUGGAAAUGAACCCAGAAGAUGAGGCCGAGGAAGAUGGUGCAAACAUUGAUCUUGACUCGCAAAGGAAGGGAAAAUGUGUUGUGUUGAAAACAUCUACUCGCCAGACUAUCUUUCUUCCUGUUGUUGGGCUUGUUGAUCCUGAUAAGCUAAAGCCUGGUGAUCUGGUUGGAGUGAACAAAGAUAGUUACUUGAUCUUGGAUACACUGCCAUCUGAGUAUGAUUCUCGAGUGAAGGCCAUGGAGGUUGAUGAAAAACCAACUGAAGAUUACAACGACAUUGGAGGGCUGGAGAAACAGAUCCAAGAAUUAGUUGAGGCCAUUGUUUUGCCAAUGACACAUAAGGAGCGAUUUCAGAAAUUAGGUAUUCGUCCACCCAAGGGAGUGCUCUUGUAUGGACCUCCUGGGACGGGGAAAACUUUAAUGGCACGUGCUUGUGCAGCACAAACAAAUGCCACUUUUCUGAAGCUAGCAGGCCCACAACUUGUCCAGAUGUUCAUUGGAGAUGGAGCAAAACUUGUUCGUGAUGCCUUUCAGCUUGCGAAAGAGAAGUCACCCUGCAUCAUUUUCAUAGAUGAGAUUGAUGCAAUUGGCACAAAGCGAUUUGAUAGUGAAGUGAGUGGAGAUAGGGAGGUGCAGCGGACUAUGUUGGAAUUGCUCAAUCAGCUUGAUGGUUUUAGUAGUGAUGACCGGAUUAAGGUGAUAGCAGCAACUAAUCGUGCUGACAUCCUGGACCCUGCUCUUAUGCGUUCUGGUCGAUUGGAUCGUAAAAUUGAGUUUCCACAUCCCAGUGAAGAAGCAAGAGCUCGCAUCUUGCAGAUCCACUCGAGGAAGAUGAAUGUUCACCCAGAUGUAAAUUUUGAAGAAUUGGCCCGUUCCACUGAUGAUUUCAAUGGAGCACAACUAAAAGCUGUUUGUGUGGAAGCAGGCAUGCUAGCCCUUCGCCGCGAUGCUACUGAGGUGAACCAUGAGGACUUUAAUGAAGGUAUCAUUCAGGUACAGGCAAAGAAGAAAUCAAGCUUGAAUUAUUAUGCCUAGAUUCUGUUCAAUUUCACGGUUCAGAUCAUGCAAAGGCUGGACUUCUGAAAUGGUAUUAUGUGCCCUCAAUUUCAAUGAAGUCAAGCUUAGUUUACGACUUGUUCACAGAAGUAAAACCUCUGUAUUGUGUAAUCUUGCGUACUAAACCAUAAAUCAUUAAUUUAGUCAAGCUUAGUUUCUUUUGAUUUUUCCUACAUACGGAUUGCAGAUGUGAAGACUGUAAAUACUUAUCUCAUGGUUUGGGUUAAAGAUUAUUCCCUUUUAAGAUUCAA